UAGUGGCGGGAUGGGGGGUUUGGGGCGGGGCGCCAAACGGAGCUGCGCGCCAAGUGGGUCCCGGGUGUGUCCGAGAGCGCGGGCUGCCAGUUCCCGAAGUCUUCUCUACGCGCUCUGGGAAUCAUACCCACCGAGGCCUUGACAUUUGGACAGAAUAGUAGCUCAGAGGACGGUCGGAGGUGUUUCCUGAUAACACUGCUGCUAAAUAUAAUCAAAGCAGUGGCCUGGUUCCCUCAGUAGCCCGGUGCAGGCCUUCUGCCCGUUCCAGGCUUUCUACCCUUUCCAGGCCGGGAGUUUGACUCAGUGUCAUCCCUGUCGGUAGAUACGGGCGGCCCAGUCAGAGGAGAGCACAGCCUAACGAGGAGUCUCCACGUGAGGAGCCUGAACUCAAGAUUGAAAGUAGCAUGGAUCUGCCUGUGAAUGAAUGGAAAUCCUACGUACUUCAGAAGUGGUCUUUACUUCCGAAGUCGGCUCAGGUCACAAUUUCUACCACAGAGACUUUAAGCGAAAUCUUUUUUCAUUCUUCCUCAUUUCUUCAAUCUGAGGAUGAGAGGUUUUUAAAAAGACUUUCUCAAGGUUACUUGGUGGGAAAGGAUCCCAACGCUCCCCGUUUCUACAGAGAAGAAGGAAACAAAAACUUCCAGGAGAAGAAUUACACUGGGGCCGCAGUGCUGUACUCUAAGGGAGUUUCACAUUCAAGGCCUAACACUGAGGACAUUUCACUGUGCUAUGCUAAUCGUUCUGCAGCCCUCUUCCACUUGGGUCAGUACGAAACCUGUCUCAACGAUAUCAUCAGAGCACUGGUGCAUGGAUAUCCAGAAAGACUGAAGCCCAAGGUGAUGUUGCGUAAGGCGGAGUGCCUGGUGACCCUGGGGAGACUGAAGGAGGCAAGCCAGACUAUCAGUGAUCUUGAAAGUAAUGUCAGUGCCAGACCAACACCAGCAGCUUCCCCCUUUCACAUUCUGCAGAAAAACCUCUGUGAUCUAAAAAUGAAGAUACAGGAAAAGGAGAAUCUACCAGAAACCUUCCCCACAGCUAUAGCCAAAGACUUUGAGGGUAUGAACCUAACCGAAGAGAAUGAGCAAAUUUCCAAUGCAUCAUCAUCUGUCCGCUUAUGCACAGACCCUUUAAAAGGCCGCUAUUUGGUUGCCAUAAAAGACAUUCUCCCAGGAGAGAUUCUAGUGAAGGAGGAUGCUUUUGUGAGUGUCCUCAACCCAGGAGAAAUGCCACCACUGCAUCAAGGCUUAGAGAGCAGGUGGGAUACCAGAGUUACCAAUGGGGACCUCUACUGUCACAAAUGUUUGAAGCAUACUUUGGCCAUGGUUCCCUGCCAUGGAUGUAGCUAUGCCAACUAUUGCAGCCAGGAGUGUAUGCAGCAGGCCUGGGAGCUGUAUCAUAGCAUAGAGUGUUCUUUAGGGGGGCUAUUGCUCACGCUGGGUAUGUUUUGCCACGUUGCCCUGAGGUUGACUCUCUUGGCUAGAUUCAAAGAUGUGGACAAAGUUGUAAGGAGGAUUUGUGAUGAGAUUAACAACAAGGAGAUAUGUUUACCUGAAAGCAAGACUCUGGUCAAGACAUUCAACUACAACCAGGGGGAAAGAGAAGAAAUUGGCAAAACAGUUGAGACUCAAAUUCCUGGAUGUAAUAUUAAUGGAAAGUAUGAAAAUAAUUAUAAUGCUGUCUUCAGUCUUUUACCCCAUACUGAAAACCAUAGCCCAGAGCAUAAAUUUCUCUGUGCUCUCAGCAUCUCUGCACUGUGUAGGCAGCUUGAAGCAGCCAGCCUGCCUGCCCUCACCACAGGUCUGAAAGCAGCAGUGACUCCUGAGUUGUGUGCGGAUUUGAACAUUUGGGCAGUGGCCAUGCUGCGACACUUGUUACAACUGCAGUGUAAUGCUCAGGCAAUAACUACCAUACAGCACACAGGAUCUAAAGAGAACAUUGUUACUGACAGCGGGCAGGUACGUCUUGCUACAGGCAUCUUCCCUGUUGUGAGCCUCCUGAACCACUCCUGCAGCCCCAACACCAGCAUAUCCUUUGCUGGCACUGUCGCCACCAUUCGGGCAGCCCAGCAGAUUGGAAAAGGGCAGGAGAUUCUCCAUUGCUAUGGGCCUCACAAGAGCUGGAUGAGUAUCGCUGAAAGGCAACAGAAGCUGAGGUCUCAGUACUUCUUUGACUGCAACUGUCCAGCUUGUCAUUAUGAGAAGCUCAGAACAGCUGCAGGGCCCAGGUGGGAAGCAUUCCGUUGUAAUAAUUGCAGAGCACUCAUGCAGGGAGAUGACGUCCUGAGCUGUGGGAACAGAGCUUGUCUGGAACCCAUCAGCAGGAACCACCUGGUCUCUCAGUUGCAGGACCUUCAGCAGCAGGUUGGGAUAGCUUCGAAGCUUCUCAGAAAUGGCAAACUCGACCAAGCCAUUCCAAGGUUGUUGAGGUGCCGGCAAGAUGCUGAGAGCUUCCUGGCAGCAGAGCAUGCUGUGGCAGGGGAAAUUGAGGACAACCUGGCCCGUGCCUAUGCUGCCCUAGGGGAUUGGCAAAAGUCAGCUACCCACCUACAGAAGAGUCUCCAAGUGGUUGAGGCUCGCCAUGGGCCAUCCAGUGUUGAAAUGGGCCAUGAGCUCUUCAAACUAGCCCAAGUCCUGUUCAAUGGGUGUCUACACCUUGCUAUGCAGGCAGUCAUGACCCCCGGUCUUCCCAGCAAGAGGACAAGUACCAUCUUCUGGAGCAGAACUUCAGGCAUUGUGGGGAUGUGGCAAGCCAGCCCUGCAGAAAUAGAGUCACAGGGGAGUCAGGAAGCCCCUGACUUCCAGCCCUCGGCUCUCCCUGGCUUCCAAGGUGCUUCCUGCCUCCCAGGAUCCAUGAUAGAAAAACCUGCAGGCAGCAAAAUGAUGACCCAGCCCCCAAAGGCAGAAGCAGACAUGCAAGAGGCCACUCUCAAAGGAGAGAAAGCGUUGGAGGGGAAAAACCAAAUGAGAUGUGUAUGGCAAAGAGCUGACCUUGAGCCCUGAAGAUGAGGCAUAUCUCUUCCAUCCCUUUGAUGUCUCAUUUAAAAAUGACUUUGAGGGGGUCCCUGUGUUUGUUCCUUUUCAGAGGAAGAAACCCUAUGAGUGCAGUGAAUACAGAUGAAUCUUUAAACAUGAGACAGAUCACAUUCACCAUCAGAGUUCACACAGCAAAGAAGCCCUUUAAGUGUGGCAAGAGUGAGAAGACCUUUCGGCACAGCUCUGAUGUCACUAAACACCAGAAAAUUCACACUGGUGAGAAGCUCUUGAAAUGGGAGGAGUGUGGGAAGGCCCUUAUAACUGCAGCUCCAACCUCCUGAAAUACCAGAAAACACAUGGGUGAGGACCCUUACGAGUGCAAGCAGUGUGGGAAAGCCUUUGCCUACAGUUCCCAUCUCAUCCGCCAGCUGAAGCUCCAUCUUCAGAAGAGGCACUGAACAGGCAAUGGCCUGUGGUGCUCCAAGUUUGUGCCGAUGCACUGUGGCUUCCUUUAUUCGUGGAGGCCCCAGGGGCCAUGUGCAAUAUGCCAGGUGUGCCUCUGACUGCCCAGAUCUGUCAUCACCAGGAAGAUCUACCUGUCUGACGUGUGAGUACCUGAGCUGGCUCAGAAUUUUCUGUACCAAGAACAUAGUAAUAACUCAGAAGCUUCCAGACUCCUUGCAGCUAUGGCUGUUUUCUGAGAUACUCCAUGCUGCUAGGGGCUCAGGACCUGACACACACAGACACAAGCCCUAGGAAACAGCAAGAGUAGCACCUGCUGCCGUUGAGAGCCCAGCACCUCCUGCUUUGCCUUGGCCCUUCCACCACCACCUCUAAAGGCUUCAGCCUGUGGCUACUUUGCCCCCUGGGUCCCCAAGCCCGGCCCUCUGAAGCUAGGAAGGAGCUGGACACCCCAAGUGCGUAGCAGUGCUCUGUGGCCAGCUAAGAGGAUCCAAGUGCCCACUGGGUGACACCAGUUCCCACUCAUCACUUGACAGCUGGCUUCAGUGAUUGUCCUGUGGUUUGUUCUCUGACUUCUGUCCUUAGCUGGGGCCUUGACCCUGGAAGUCAGCUACAUCGUGUGCCCCUCUGCCCCAGCUGUCAUCUCAGACACCAGCCUGACUCACAUGGAUGGUCCCAUCAGACACAUGCUCUGCCCUUUUCUGUGCCCUUGAGCACUGCUGCUAUAGGAGACACCCUGCCCCGAGGUGCCAUUGGCAGCACCAUUGGGAGCUUUGACUCUCUUAAUCUUUAGUGGUGGGGCUGCCCCAUGGUGGCCCUCCACUGAGGCUGCUAGAGCAGAUCACCCCAGCAAGAAGCCCCUGGUGAAACACACAUUUGAAGGGACCUCAAAAGCAAUAGAAAAGACCCCAUGUUCCUGCAUUCAAGAGAGGAGCAGAGGGGACAGUGGCAGUGUGCAGCUCCUUGGGCAGAGAAUGCAGCAGAGAGGCUGCUGAGGACCUGCAGCCCGAAGGGCUGUCACCCUGGGGUCGACUUGGCACCAGGGUGAGAGUGCAAGGAGGCCCUUCAAACACAGCGGAGCAACCACAGGCCCUGGUUCCCAAGCCAACUUUUCCCAAGUGAGCAGCAGUCCUUGCUCACUGUCAGUGGUGCUGUUGAAGAGCCCCCAGCACUAGCUCCUGACUUCAGUGAGGCCAGUCUGGAGAGGCAGUUAAGAAAAACACGCAAUGCUCGAAACCUUCUGGACACCUGAGAUGUAUCCCAGGGGAAACCUAAGACCCCUGCAGCCAAGCACCAGGGUUCUCAUUGCAGGAAAAUGUUUAACCAAAGCCAGAAACUUUGCAGGACUAUGCAGUGUCCACAGCAGACUGGGCAGCAUCUCUCCAACCUCUGUCCAGCAUGCACUGUCCCCCAGGGCUCCAUCCUACAGGAAGAGCACUGGCCAGCAGGGCUGAGUCUGGGCCUCACUUGCAGAGAGCCUCUGCCAGGGACUGGAUAUUGAGUGUCCCUUGAAUGAGCACUUUGUGACCCUCCCUGGCCUCUGUCUCUGAAGCGUUAUCCCAGUCAGGCAGGAAGGCAGAAACUGUCACUAGGGAGAAACAGGAGCAGGAGAGCAGGAGGUGUUGGGGAGGGACACUCUGCCCCCUGGGAGCAGACUUCUGGGGGACACAAACCCAGUUCUGUGGUGGCAGGGCCCUUGUCUGACCUCUGAGUGCUCUUCUGCACUGGGAGGGACAGGAAUGAUCAGUGGCUUAGAGUUGGCCCACACUGAGUCCACUCAAGUUGCCUGGCAGGUUGUAAUCCCAGGGUGCACCUGAGCUUCAUUUCUAGUGACCUUGUAGGUCCUUUCCAAUUUAGGCACCAGUAUGUGAUUAUUCCUCUUCUGUGAGAGUGAGCUGAGGCACUGAGACAUGCUGCAGAAGAAGGCAGCCCCUGGGGCAGGGUCCUGGUCCAAGGUGCUUAUGCCUGUUAAUUUCUGGGGAGACUCAGAGGAAUAGGGUGGGCUCUGGGGCUGGUGUGGACAAGGAGCUCAACCCCGAUGCUGUGGGCCAUGAGCGUGAGCCUGCAGAGCCUGUGCCUUGAGAGCUUGUUUGCUCUUUCCUGGUUCCCUCCUCAAUCUCCAGCUACACAGUCAGCACACUGAGGACAAAAGGCUUGUCAACAACCCUCACCUUGACACCUUGACCAAAACCCACGGACUCGUCCUUGCUGUAGUGACACCCGGGUUGGUGCUGCUGCCCUGCAGAUGGCUCCAGGGAAGGGGCUCCAGAGCCUGUGGAGAGUUCCUGGUGCCUCUGGGCCCAGUCUCUGGUGCCUCUCUGCAGCUGAACCUCUCCUGGGACAUGUGUCCUGCCCUCAGUUUGUGACUCUCCAUAAUGGUUGCAUCAUAAAUGACCUUUGGCAGCCAUGGUUGUGGUCUCCGAUGUUGUGGCAGAUACAUCCCAGUCUGGAGUUUCCCACAGUUAUGUUGUAUUAUCCAAAAAUUUAACUUUCUAACUAGCCAAGGUUGUUAAAUUUUUCCUUUCAUAUAGUAUCCUUAGUCCUUAGUAACAUCUACACCUGGAUAAACAUCCCAUUUGCUUUUGGAAUUGGAGACACUUUGUGUGUGGUUCCCUCAUCCUGUGGCUUGCUGCACAGGUCCCCACAUUGCCUCUGGUGGCCCACAGUACUCAUUACCAGAUACUGCCUCUUCCUGCUCCUUGUGAAUAUCUAUUUUCUCAUAGAGUAAACAUCUAUUUCUUUAAAAAAAAGAAAAGAAAAGAAAUAUCUCACCCUUCUUCCCUCC